GUGUGGUGAAUCUGCGUGUGCUCAGGUGUCCUCCGGUCGCUGUGACGCUGGCGAGGAAGCGCAUGGCGGGCGAGCGUGUGGAGUCAUGUGACGCGCUGGAGUUGGACGUGGUGGAGCUGGCGGACACUAUGGGCUGGCAGCUUCCUCUGGUGAAGAGAGGCCUGAGACAGCUGCAGUGGGGCUGCGGUUCGUACGGAGGCACAGGCAGGAGUGGAGUUCACGUGGAGUUCUCAGCGCUGUCCUUCUACUUCCGCUCGUACUGUGACCUGACGCCGGAUGAGCUGGACGCGGUCGGGGCGUUUCUGCACGGGAGAGUGAUGGCGCAGGAGAGGACGCAGCUGUACCAGCUCAAAACCUGCUUCAAAGCCUUCCGCAGUGUUGCGUACCGUAACUGCAGUCUGUGUAUGGAUGAUCUGGAGGAGAGCAGGAGUCACGAUCUCAAAGAGCUUCUGCGCGAUUACUUUGACAAGAGGAGAAACCUGGACCUGAGCAAACACUAUCAGGAGGAAGAGGAUGAGGAGGAAGAGCUCAACAAAUGCAAGAUGAGGGACUGGGAAGGGCAGAUCUGUGCUGACAUCAGAGGUUUCCUGUGCAGUCGCAGCGAUGAGAAGUUCUCCGGUCGAGCCGUGGCCAGAAUAUUACACGGCAUCGGAAGUCCGUGUUUCCCAGCGCAGGUGUACGGACGCGACCGCAGAUACUGGAGGAAAUACAUUCAGUUUGAUUUCAAUGAGAUCAUUCGUUUAGCCACUCAGGAGAUCAUUAGAACGAGGUAACAAGACGCCCUGAUCACAUGAUCAUCUGUGUCACACUCAAACUACAAUCUGAGGUUAUUUAUUUGUGCAGUUUUUCAUUAUUUUCUAAAUGUUCACAUGUUGUGUUUGAUGAUU